CUCCCCUGCCUUUGCUCCUGCUCCUGCCCCGCGUUGCCUCGGUGACUUGCCUUCCCGGGGGGUUUUGUUCGUUUUUUUUUUCUCCCUCUUCCUUUCGUCCUCCCCCCUCCUCGGCAGAUGAGACUCUCGACAUCGCUGCGUUCCCUUCGAUCGGUGGUCGCCAGCGCCACCCCGGCGCGUGGCUUCUCCUCGCUGGCGCCAACGGCAGCCGGGGGCUUCCCCGGCCCGACGGCCGGCCUGUCACCAGGCACCCAGCAGUACAUGGAUCGCCUGGGCCCGGAGGAGUCGGUCCCCAUCCGCUGGCCCCGGCCGGAGGCGUAUGCCGGCGGGGUGGCGGCUCUGCGUGGUCGGGUCCCUGUGGCGCCUGCCAACCCGGCGGCCGACCAGCUCCAGGGCCGGCUGUGCUAUGCGGUUCGCAAGCCGGCUGUGGCGGCCGAAUCCGAUGGCGACCAUCGACUGGUGUUCAUCCACUGCACUGGCUUCCACAAGGAGUCCAUGAUUCCGCUGGCCCGGCAUCUGGCGGCCCAGGAUCCCCGCCAGACCAUCGGGCAGCCGGAUUUCCGGCACCUCGGCCAGGCCCUCUCCACGCCAGGCGUCUUCCUCAUGCCGGAGCUCCCGGGGCCGGAGCCUGCCCUGGCUGAGCACCCGGCGGCCGAUGUGUCCCCUUGGCGGCACAUGCUGGUGGACCUUCGGAACCAUGGGUCGAGUGCCGUGCUCAACCGGGCCCUCCUGGAGGCACCGGUGGCCGACUUGCCAACCGCAUGGCCGAGCCGCGGUCCCAAUCGCCUGAUCCCGGAGCCAAGUCGCGUGGCGGACUUCGUCGACAGUUGGGCCGUCCACGCGCUGGAUGUGAUCGACCUGCUGGAGGCCGAUCGCCGGCAGAACCCCGGCGCCGGCAAGACCGUGCUCGUGGGGCACUCCUUUGGGGGGUUUGUCUCCAUGGUCAUCGACUAUCUCCGGCCGGACCUCGUUGAUGGGCUCGUGUGCAUCGAGCCGAUCCUGGUGCCAGAUCUGGCGGCCCCGCGGCUCGGCCUCGACGACGCCCAGGUGGCCAAGCUGGCCCCGACGUCGCAGGCCCUCGUCAACGGCGACCUCGGCCGCAUAGUCCGCGGUUUGUCCUACGGCGGUCUCGAGGAGGUGGCCAUCCGGCGUCGGACCGACUUCGAAUCCCCUGACGCCACCAUGGAGUACUUCCAAGGAAAGGCACUCUUCCGGGAGUUCGACGCGGACACCACUCGGCUCUUUGCCACCCAUGGCACGUGCCCGAUCGCCGAGGGGCCCACCUCUUCGGCGAUCUCCGGCCCCGACGCCGGGAUGGGCGUUACCCUCAAGUGCGGCAAGACCAGCGAAUCGUCCACCUAUCAUGGCGUGCACUCCGGCAUCGAACUCUUCCCCCAUGUCAAGGGUCUCACCCGGCCCAUGAUGAUGCUCUUCUCCACCGGGUCCAACAUCUAGUUCGUCCGGCUGGCCAUUGCUCGCCCCGCUCUCGGCCCCGUCCCUCCUCCCCUUUUCCCUCUUUUCGCCCCUCCUGGUGUGGGGUUUUUUCUUUUCUUUUCCUGUCGCACUGACACGUAUAUGCGUAUUUGCCACACUACCCCCUGCCUUCCCGGCGCUUCAG